UUCAAUAUUAUAUUCAAAAAACAUCCCUCUGUUUUAGGGCUCUAACCUAACAUAACCAUAUCUGUAGUAUUGCGAGAACCACUAGUAGUUCACAUGACAUGGGACAUAAUUCUCAUGAGAACUUUGAUGAUUCCCGUGCCAUGGGGGAGGGGAAAACAUCAUUUUUGCGAGAACUUUGAUGUUUCCCGUGCCGUGGGGGAGGGGAAAACCUAAUUCUCAUGGUUUACCAAACAAAGGGGAGGAGCAAACAUUAUAAAAGCAUGAACAGAAGCCUCCUAAACCAUUUCUCUUUGUGCUCUGUGUGCUCUCUAUGUUCUCCAUCUCUCUCAUUUGAAAAUGACAUCUAAGCAAAGAUUUUCUGUCAAUGAGAUUUUGUCACAGGUUUUUGACAGUGAAAGUGACAUAGAGGAGAAUGUGUCUGAGACAGAUGAUAAUAUUGAGGACCCUGAUUAUGAGGCAUCCUCCUCAGAUGAGAAUGAGACUCCUAAUGUUGACCCUCCUGUUGUCUCUCAACCACCCACAAACCCAUUACCUUCCAAAAAUGGAAAGUUAUCAUGGUCCCGCUCAUCACCUGAACAACAGGGUAGACUUAGUGCUGCUAAUGUCAUCAAAAUGGUUCCAGGGCCCACUAGAUAUGCUGUCAGCCAUGUCCAAGAUAUAAAAUCAGCAUUUCAUCUUUUCAUCACACCAUCAAUUGAAAAGGAUGUACUUGAAAUGACAAACUUAGAGGGUAGGCGUGUGUAUGGGGAUGGUUGGAAAGACUUCGAUGUGACUGACUUGCAAGCCUACAUUGGGUUGCUCAUUUUGGCAGGAGUCUACAAGUCAAAAGGAGAAGCAACAGCAAGCCUUUGGAAUGCUGACACUGGAAGGGCAAUAUUUCCAGCCACCAUGUCUCUAAAGACAUUCCAUGUUUUCUCCAGUGUCAUACGCUUGGAUGACAAAGAAACAAGACAGGGCAGAUGAGAGCAUAACAAACGCGCAGCAAUACGGGAUGUAUGGGACAAGUGGGUCCGGCGAUUACCCUUUCUUUACAAUCCAGGCCCCCACAUCACUGUGGAUGAAUGUCUGGUUCCAUUUCGUGGGCGCUGUCCUUUCAGACAAUAUAUACCAAGCAAACCAGCCAAAUAUGGCAUAAAAAUAUGGGCCGCAUGUGAUGCACAGUCCAGCUAUGCCUGGAAUAUGCAUAUGAAAAAAAUCAGGGCAUGAGGGUGGUACUAGACAUGGCUGAGGGACUAAAUGGCCAUAACAUUACAUGUGAUAUUUUUUUCACAUCGUACGCCCUGGGUGAAGAACUGCUAAAAAGGAAGGUUACCAUGUUGGGGACAGUGAGAAAAAAUAAGCCAGAACUUCCCUCUGAGCUUCUUGCGAUGAAGAACAGGAAGGUAACAUCUUCAAUGUUUGCCUUCACUGAAAAAGCCACUGUUGUCUCCUAUUGCCCCAAGAAAGGGAAAAAUGUCCUGCUAAUGAGCACUAUGCACAAAGAUGCUGUUCUGAGCACCAGAGAAGACCGAAAACCACAAAUGGUGCUGGAUUACAAUGAGACAAAGGGAGGGGUUGAUAAUUUGGACAAGGUUACAGCCACCUACAGCUGCCGAUGCAUGAUUGCCCAUUGGCCCCUUGUCAUUUUCUUCAACAUCAUUGAUGUGAGCGCCUACAAUGCCUUUGUGUUAUGGAGUGAAAUAAACAAGGACUGGAACAGCGGAAAACUGAGUCGAAGGAGAAUUUUCCUGGAGCAGCUGGGUUACAAGCUAGUGAAACCUCACAUCGAGAGAAGACGGUGCCUUCCAAUAGCAUCAACGGCUGCUGCAACUGUUGUGAAGGACAUCCAAAUGGAGACGCACACUCCAUUGGUUCAAACUGCAUGCAGGAAACGUGGCAGGUGCCAGGUCUGUCCCAAUAGAAAUGACACCAAGACCAGCAACACUUAAAAAAUACAUCUGCAAGGAGCACACACACACUUUCUGCACAUCAUGUGCAAAGUAGUGCAGACAAAAGGCUGGAAUGUACCUUAUGGUGAGCUGUAGAAAGAAAGAAAGAAAGAAAAACAAAAAAAAACAAUAUGCUGUUCAUAUUCUGUCGAUGCUGUUUGUAUUCUGUCUAAGUCAUAUCUUUGCAUAAAGUAUUUACAGUCUCAAAAUAAUUCCUGACAAAAUGCUCAAAUUUACUUUUUAUAGGUGGUUUUGUAAAUCCAUCUUUCUUUCUUUCUUUCUUUCUUUCUUUCUUUCUUUAACUGUUAUGUGUUCCUUACUGUUGUUCUGAUGGUAAUGAUGUUCUGUUUUAGAAAUAAAAUCCUUCUGAAUGUUUGAAAUUGUUUGUUUUUGUUGGGGUCAAAUUGACCCCUCACAUUAUGUAUGUUGCAAUCCUUGAUAACAAAAAGGACUGUUAUGUGUUCCUUACUGAUGUUUUGAUUGUAAUGAAGUUCUGUUUAAAAAUA